UCCAUGGUAGCCGCGACAUAAGCCGCGAGUUAGUGCUGGCCGCCGUCGUCGAGGAGCUGCACCAGCUCCUACCUCAUAGAAAAUAACUAGAUAUAUGAUGUAACGCAAGGUUAGACUGGACGCUCGGAUCACAUUUACUUUUCGAUUCUAGCGAAGGCAGUUUUGUUUGGCAUUUCUGGCCGGUGGCUCGCGUCGGGAGCGACAAGAAAAAAUAACACCGGGAAACAUGGCAGACGCAAUUCCAGAGUCCCCGAAUCGCGUCGAGUUUAUUUCCGGGAUUGACAGCAGUGCAGUUUAAUGUGUGGGUGAACCUUAAAUAAGUUUCGUGCUAGUUUACCGCGUUCAAAGUACAUUUUUUUAUUGCCACUUCCUCCGCGGUUUACUUCCAAGUUACUUUACGAUUUUUUUCUCUCGAAUUUCAGUUCGAAACAAGCAAGGUUACGAAUUUUUCUUUAAAGUGCAGCAAUAUGUCUGUGGCAAAAAUAUGAUUUUAUAAAGAAACUUUCCUCUAUGAAAAUGGCACUAUGCAAGUGAUACAAACGAGAUAAAAACAUAAGUUGCGAGUGUUAAACAAUCGAGUCCCGUCAUGAGGAACCAUCUGACACCUUCGCCCGCACCCCCAGGUGCCAGCGUCUACCACCAGCGGUAUCUACCUUCCAGUAGCAGCGGUAGCAGGCAUGCCAGUCCAGCAAGAUCAGGACACACUGUCACCACCGUUAGCGAUGUCUGCGACAGGACUAUGGUUAGGGUUAAACGGUCUGGAAUACAGCAGGAGCGCAUCAGGGUCGUUUGUACCACCAGACGGCAGCAUAUUAGCAGGCUAGUGACCGUGUCAGAUGUCUGCCACUCUCUACCACCCUUCAGGAAGCACGUGACUGUUAUCAGUUUCCCACCGAAAAUGGAGCGGUCGCAGAUCGCAAAUACCCUCGGCUCUUCGGACCAUAUCCAAGAACAGACGUACAUCCAGGCGCCAAAUUUCGUCCAAACUCAAAAUUACACAACUCCAGCUGUCAGCCCCGUCUAUUGUCGACCCUCUCCUAACAACCCCGGCUAUGUGUCUGUAGUGCAGCCCCUUCAUAAAAAGGGAUCCUUAAGGAACGGCGAUGUUCUGAAGCGUUCGAGGGUUCAAACGACGUACGAGCUGUCACAGGAUAUUUUAGAUAAGCAAAUAGAAGUACUUGAGAGGAAAUACGGCGGAGUAAAAGCUCGCAAUGCAGCUCUUACAAUACAGAGGGCUUUCCGAAGGUACACGCUGCUUAAAAAAUUCGCCGCUAUCACUGCAAUGGCUAAAGCAGAAAAAAGGAUCAGCAGAAGGCUUCCUCCGGCCACCGAGGAAGCAAAAGGUCCGCUGGAGGCCGAACAGCCGUGCGGCGAGUACAUGCGGCAAAGUUUUGAAGGCCACGAUUGCAAUAACGUCCGAAUUCUUCCAGUAAGGUCCAUGUCGUUACGGGAAAGGAGGAACAUCGAUAGCAUGUCGAUUCCUCGGAGCCAGUCGGGGACUCCAACUGGCUGCUGGGAGAAUUAUUCUUCGUCUUCCUCCCUCCAACACUAUUAUUCCCCUGCCGAAACCAAAUCCGAUUCCCUCGGGACCCCGGUCACCACCAACCCCAGUUCUUGCAGCACGUCAACCACCGGUUCCAAUGGUUAUAUGCGCACACGAAGUAGUUUAAGCAAUAGGAAAGUACCUCCAGAAGUUCCCAAGAGAACGUCCAGUAUUACUUCCAGGUCCAUGGAACCGGGUAGGCACAAAUCAAACGGAUUAUCCAAAACGGCAGAGAACGGAUCCUUGUCCAGCGUCCAGAGCUCUGGCAGUGACAGCAGCAUCUCAACAGAAAGAAUCCAAUGCGAAUUUUCCGGGUCUCCAAUCUGGAAACGGAAAGGAAACAAUAUGUCGGAGUAUGCUGAACCCACCUUGGAGACUAGCUUAGGAAAUUUAUCAAAUGCCAGCUCUUCAACCUACACGCUGGUAGAGAGGUCGUCGGACCAGCAAGGGGCUCAACAGAGCUACAAAAUAUCAGAAACGAUCCGGAAACGGCAGUACAGAGUGGGACUGAAUCUUUUCAACAAGAAACCCGAAAAAGGAAUCACUUACCUAAUUCGUAGGGGCUUCCUAGAAAAUUCCCCUCAGGGCGUCGCGAGGUUUCUCAUUACUCGGAAAGGCUUGAGCAAACAAAUGAUAGGAGAGUACUUGGGCAACUUGCAAAAUCCUUUCUGCAUGGCUGUUCUUGAGUGUUUCGCAGCUGAGUUGGAUUUGUCCGGCAUGCAAGUCGAUGUGGCUUUAAGAAAAUUCCAGCAACAUUUCCGUAUGCCUGGAGAGGCACAAAAAAUCGAAAGACUCAUGGAGGUAUUUUCGCAACGGUACUGCCAAUGUAACAUCGAUAUUGUAGCAAGGCUCCGUUCUCCAGAUACAAUAUUCGUCUUGGCGUUUGCAAUAAUAAUGUUGAACACCGAUCUGCACACCCCAAACAUUAAAUCCGAAAGAAGAAUGAAGUUAGAAGACUUCAUCAAGAACCUGAGGGGCAUCGACGAUUGUGGUGAUAUAGACAGCGACAUGCUGACUGGAGUCUACGAAAGAGUCAAAGCCAACGAAUUUAAGCCUGGGUCGGACCACGUCACGCAGGUGCUCAAAGUUCAAGCCACCAUAGUUGGAAAGAAGCCCAACAUGGCACUACCUCACCGCAGAUUAGUUUGCUACUGCAGGCUGUACGAGAUUCCCGAUAUUUAUAAGAAAGAAAGACCAGGCGUUCACCAAAGAGAAGUGUUCUUAUUCAACGAUCUUCUAGUCAUAACGAAGAUCCUAAGCAAAAAGAAAUCUUCAGUCACUUAUACCUUCAGGAACAGUUACCCUUUGUGCGGAAUGGUCGUCACCCUAUUCGAAGUUCCACAUUAUCCCUAUGGUAUUAAACUUAGUCAGCGAGUUGAUCAAAAGGUUUUAGUCACUUUUAAUGCUAGAAACGAGCACGAUAGAUGCAAGUUCGCGGAAGACUUGAAAGAAGCCGUUAGUGAAAUGGACGAAAUGGAGAAUUUGAGGAUCGAAGCGGAAUUAGAACGACAAAAGUCCAACAGAGGAAACCGAUCUGGAACAGAAAAUAGAGAUAGUGGUGUUGCAGAUGUAGAAGUGUGCCCUUGCCAGUGUCCCUGCUCGCAGAAUCCAGCCAUGGGCCCAGCGGACAGUUGUACUGAUGACAACCAAAUAAAAAGAUCAGCUCUGAGUAAUUCCUUGUUGGACAUCCACGAACAAUUUGCAGGAGAUAAAGCCCAAAGACGCGGAAGUGUUGGAUCCUUGGACAGCGGAAUGUCAGUUUCUUUCCAGUCAACGUCUGCUAGCAGUUGUUCAAGGUCGGACAAAUUAGCAGGAAAACAGACUAAAGCGAAUAUGCACCAUCAUCAGGGCUUUUUAGGCGGCCUGUUUAAUAAGCGCCAAACGGGCGGUGUUGUACCUAAGUCAACUGAAGUAUAAAUCAAAAACCGAUUGAUUUCAACUGCAGUGUUAAAAAGGUACCGUAUGGCCAUGGAUAAAUAUAAAAAUAUAUGUACAACAGGGUUGGCACAUUUCUUUAUUUCAAUCUGUUUUUUUUUGUUUUUUUUUUAAUUAUAAUAAAAUGGGAGAAGAUAUACCUGCUGAAUCGUUAAGCAGUAGGCAAAAUUGGUCUCCGUUGGAUUAACAACGCAGCGGAGUUUACAAAAAAUAACUAUUUUAUUUUCUAGAUUUUUUUUACAGUACAAGUGGCGAAUUAUCCAGAGAAUUUUUUUGAAGAAAUUUCAAUAUUUUUAUCAACAGUUCAUGUGUAAUAAUUUUAGAACAGUGUUGGCGAAAUCAAGUGUUUUGAAAUUACAUAAAACUGAACUGUUUUUUUUUUGGUUUAUUGUUUUUCCACUCACAUGCGCUCCAGGGUUCCUAUUCUUGACAUCAUUCGCAACUUUGCUUAUACUCAUUACACGUAUUGUUAUACAGCUUUCUGGGAGAUGCGAGUGGUUAAGAAUAAA